GAGAUGGGGACAGACGGGGACAGCUUACCACUGAUGGAGAUGGGCGCUUCGGAGGUGAGGGAGCCCGAGCCCCUGGACCAGUCGGUGGACUACGUCCUGGUGGCUGAUCAUCGCACCCAGAGGAACCCCAGGAAGGUCCAGCAGCAAAAGCGAUUCCUGGAGGACCUUAGAAGAAAGGGCUUCUGCUACAAGGUGAAGGAGGACGAGGAGAAGGUGUUCUUUGGGAUCCGAGCGGACAAUAGGAUCUUCAGCCUGUACCGCACGCUCCUCUUGGAGCCCGAGGGUCCGGACCCCAGAGUGGAGCCCAUCGGGCCGACCACCAUCCCCGCCACCACCAGAAUUCGAGUCGUCAACUUCAUCCUGAACUGCAGGACGGCAUCUGGUGACACAUUCCAGGAUUUGGUGAAGGACGGGGUCUUUGAGACCAGGUUUCCCCUGCACAAGGGGCAGGAAAAGCUGAAGAAGAAGUGGGCCCAGUGGAGAAACAUGGUCCAUGAGCAGCCCAUUGAUGAUAUCAGGAACUACUUUGGCGAGAAGGUGGCCCUGUACUUUGCCUGGCUCGGCUGGUACACCUACAUGCUGGUGCCUGCCGCAUUGGUAGGCCUCAUCGUCUUCCUGAGCGGCUUCUCCCUGUUCAAUGCCAGCCAGAUCAGCAAGGAGAUCUGUGAGGCCAAGAACAUCUACAUGUGCCCGCGCGGCAGCAGCCGCAGGUACCAGCGUCUCUCCGACACCUGCACCUUUGCCAAGCUCACCCACCUCUUUGACAACGAGGGCACCGUGAUAUUCGCCAUCUUCAUGGCUCUGUGGGCCACCGUGUUCCUGGAGUUCUGGAAGCGGCAGAGAGCCCGAGUGGUCCUGCACUGGGACCUGUACGGCUGGGACGAGGACCAGGAAGAAGUGGCCCUCGAGCUCAUUAACUGUCCUGACUACAAGCUGCAGCCGCACCAGCACUCCUACCUGAGGAGCAUCAUCAUCCUCGUCCUGUCCUUGUUCAUGAUCUGCAUCAUGAUUGGCAUGGCUCACAUCCUGGUGGUCUACCGCGUCCUGGCGGCCGCCCUCUUCAGCAACUCGGCCUUGCCCUUCCUGGAGGAGCAGGUGACCACGGCGGUGGUGGUGACCGGGGCCCUGGUGCACUACGUGACCAUCCUCUUCAUGACCAAGAUCAACAAGUGUGUUGCCAUGAAGCUCUGUGACUUUGAGAAGUCCAGGACCUUCUCGGAGCGAGAGAGCAAGUUCACCGUCAAGUUCUUCACCCUGCAAUUCUUCGCACACUUCUCCUCGCUCGUCUACAUCGCCUUCAUCCUGGGCAGGAUCAACGGCCACCCUGGGAAUUCCGUGCGCCUGGCAGGCUUGUGGAAGCUGGAGGAGUGCCACCUCAGCGGCUGCAUGAUGGACCUGUUCGUGCAGAUGGCCAUCAUCAUGGGUCUGAAGCAGACGCUCAGCAACUGCAUGGAGUACCUGGGCCCGUGGCUGGCCCACAAGUGUCGCUCGAUGUGGAACAGCAAGUCCCUGGACCCCGAGCUGCGGGACUGGCAGCGCAACUACCUUCUGAAUCCAGUUAACACCUUCAGCCUGUUCGAUGAGUUCAUGGAAAUGAUGAUCCAGUACGGCUUCACGACCAUCUUCGUGGCCGCCUUCCCGCUGGCCCCCCUGCUCGCGCUCUUCAGCAACCUCGUGGAGAUCCGCCUGGACGCCAUCAAGAUGGUCAGGCUGCGGCGGCGCCUGGUGCCACGCAAGGCCAAGGACAUCGGUACCUGGCUGCAGGUGCUGGAGACCAUCGGCGUGCUGGCGGUCAUCGCCAACGGGAUGGUCAUCGCCUUCACAUCUGAGUUCAUCCCCAGAGUGGUGUACAAGUACCGCUAUGGCCCGUGCCGACAAGGGGCCCACUAUAAAGAAGACUGCCUCACCGGCUACAUCGACCACAGCCUGUCUGUGUUUCAUAUCAACGACUCUGUCAGGAUAGAGGGCCUAGAGAACAUCACUCAGUGCAGGUACCGGGACUACCGAAACUCUCAGGACUACAACUUCUCGGAACAGUUCUGGGUCCUCCUGGCCAUCCGCCUGGCCUUCCUUAUCCUCUUCGAGCACGUGGCCUUGUGCAUCAAGCUGGUGGCUGCCUGGUUCGUGCCUGAUGUCCCUCAGUCGGUGAAGAACAGGGUUCUGGAGCAGAAGUACCGGAUGCUCUGGGAGAAGAUGCGGUAUGGGGGGCCGAGGCAGUGGUGUGGGCCACGCCUGGGCUCCGAGAGACCCACCAGCUCCGCUCCUGCUUCCAGCGUCAGCAUCAAGAGCACAGAUGUGUGA